CAGUGUGACCGAACAUCAGUUGCGGUGCUGCAAGUGUCAAGCAGACAUGCAAUCUGAGUGUUGACAAGAGAUCUCGAUUCAAAUGUCAAGGAUAGGAUUUGUAGUCAAGAGUAGCUGGGAGUGAUGCCCGAUGGAAACCACGUGGGAAUAGAAGCUAGAAUGAUUUGAGCCUCACAAUUCACCCGGCGGGUUCGCCGGCAGGUGAAUUCAAGAUCGUGUCGAGGCUUUGGCGAGGCGAUAUGACGCAAAUCCCUCCACAGCCACAUCACCCAUGCACACGCGUAUGUGCAGGCUGGCAUAUCCUGAUGCCGAGCCCUCAGCAUGCAGGGCCGGACUGUGAUGCGGCAGGCACCGAUCGAGAGGCGCGCGGAGGCACAAGCACUCGUGACUGCGAGUCGCGCCACGCACUCACAACUCACUCAUCAAACUGCAGCACAGCGGCAGUCUAGAGUGCAUGGUGAGUGUCAACAAGGCUGGAGCACAUCGUCGCAGGUACAGCUAGCUUGGCGAAGCACUCACACUUGUCAAGCAAAGCUUCCUCGCACUUCCGGCGCACUUCGCAACCUUCAAUCGGCUACGGCGCUGCAUGUAUGCACCGAGAUUCCGUUGCCUGACCCAAAUCGAAAUAAUCGCGUCCACGAUUCACGACUGAUCGUGAGCGACGCGUUGGUGAUUCGCGUAAACCACCGCCGCCACUUGACCUUGUCAACUACGACAUCCAUAGCCGUCCUGUCUCACCAUCAGUCUUGGACCCAAUUUGACCUGUCGGACUUAUCGCAUCGCACUCGAUCAUCGAAUCGAAGCGACUUCCGACAGACUUAUCUAGGCAUAUACGACUGGGUGUCUCCAUCCAUUGACAAACACUCGUCACUUUAAACAUGUCGCUGCUUCGGAGAGCGCAGCAGCAAAUCGCGCACACAUCCACGCUACCUGCUUUGGGCAACAAGGAUCUGAGGUCGCUGCAGGAUGUUAUCACCAACGAAAAGGAAUUCAUCAAGUCUGGUGCUCGUGCAGGCAGCGACUGGCAGCGAAGUGCGGAAUCGCUAAAGUCGUGGGGAGAGUCGGAAGGCGAGGAUCUGGCAGUGAGUGCUU